GUCGGCAGCUCGGCCACCACCGGCGAAGCGCCUCUCAACCACCACGGCAGGGAGAGGAGAGAAUCCGAACACGCACCCUCCGUGCACGGGCUCCGGCCCACACCACACACGGACCCAGCACAACAAACACACAGGUCCAUCCCACGGGGGACCGGUCUGCGCACGCUCCACGCCACGCCACCCCCCGCGUGUCCCUGACUCCCUUCCACCACGCGCUAGCCUGCCCCCAUGGAGAUCUCCGCCUCCGCCGCGGCGGCCGCCUCCUGUCCGCCGCCCAGGCCGCUGCUCCUCCGGCCGAUCGCCUCGUCGUCGCCCCACCCCGCCACCGUCCGCCGCCGCCCGCCCACCAUCUCGGGCACCGCCACGGUCCGCCGCCGCGCGCGCACCCGCCCGCGCACGGGGCGCUCCAAGCUCCCCGCCGACGCCGGCGGCGACUGCUUCUCCGGCGACGACGGCGGCCCCGGCUUCGGAGGAUCCGGCGGCGGCGGGGGAGGAGGAGGGCGGGGGAGCUGGAACAGCGGCUUCGGGUCCGGGUCCGGGUCGGGCGGCCCCGGCGACUGGGAGCCCGACGUCCCCGCGCCCAGGAGGUCCGCGGCGGAGGCGGCGCUCGGGGUCGUCUACGAGCUCAUGUGCCUCAUUGCGCUCUCCAACUGCACCCAGUUCGCCGUCCGCAGGCUCGCCGGUCUCCUCGCCGUGCGCGUCGCCGCGCUGCGGUUCGUCCCCGCCGUCUGCUGACCGCCCCGUGGGGCUUGGUUUGCUACCUCCUCCUCUCGCCUGCCUGUCUGCAAACCGCUUCUGUAUACAUGUAUGUUUGCCCCUGUGGUUGGGACCUUUGGGGGUUCAGGAUCUCUGCCUCUUCCUUGGUGCGCGCUUCGAGCGAUGAUAUCGGGAAAGGCAACAAAAUUCGUCGAAUUCAAAUGGAAGAACAAAUAAAUAAGAACUUCUUUUUUCCCCCUUUGUUGACUCAAGAUCAUUGCUCGAUGCAAAUUAUGGUAGGAUGCAGCGUGAUACGAUCUGCUGCUUGUGUACAUAAGUCUGGUGUAAUCUAUUUUCCUGGCUACUGAUGCCAUUCAAGUUGUGCUGCCAAUAGUGCAUCUGUGGAAAUCUUAGAAAUCAAACAAUUACUUGGUAUCUUUGCAAGUCAGAGUUCUGACA